GUGUGGUCCUCAUCUUCGAGACCCUUUUAGAGUUGGUCUUGUAUAUCUCUUUCAAAUCCUCUUCAACUUCUUCCUUUGGGAGGUUCCACAUGACAAAGGCAUGGUUCUUCUCAUUCUCUCUCGAGAACGCAUAAAAUUUUGUUUUAUUUUCUUCAAGUGUUUUUAGAAAAGUGUUGUGAUCUUCGAUACUUUGGGAUCGAAUAAUUGUCUUUUUGAGGGGUCGCUUGUACGUAACCAGCACAUUAUUAUUUAAUAUUUUUUGCAGGUCUUAAUGAACUGCUGAUGAGAUCCAUACCGAUGCUCUCCAAUGAUGAUGAUAGGGAGGACUUUUUCUUGUUUUUUGUUCUACUUUGUUGGUUCUAUAUCCAUUUUUUCCAUGGGUAUUUCAUCUUCUUUCAUAUCGAAUAGUACGGCGUAGUUAUUUGAUAAGGGGAUUGGUUGGUUUUUAGCUUCAACUUCGCUCGCUAAUAUCUUCUGUAUCUUACUUGGUGGAACCAUUUCAAAGAGGAAUUUUCCUAGGAGGUAAUCCACCUGUGAAAGGGUUUAAUUGUUUGUCACUUAAAAACUAUUUCACUACUAUUGGUACGCGAUAACCUAUUUAAAACCGGGCACUUAAGUAUGUUCAACUCGGGGGUGAAGGAAACACGUCCGCCCUGCUCCACUGCACAGGGUGAACUACUUUAAUAAGUGGUCAAAUAUUUCAUCGAUGUGUCUUGAAUAUUCAUAUAUUUGAACUAUAACAUCUACAUAAUAGACUGGUAUUCUUGAUUUUGGAAUGAAAUGCUUAUUAUAUACUCGUUUAUGUAAUCGAAAUGUAAUGUUCCUUUUUUUUGCGAAAAGUCAUUUCCCGGCAAUUCUAAAAAAACGAUGCAUUUUUUUUUGGCAUGUUAACUAAUACAAAUAGCUCGAGUUCAGAAAAACGCAUUUAGUUGGUUUUUAUAGAUUGAUGUUUGCGAUGUUUCGUAUCUGCUUAUUACUUUUACCUCUAGUUUUGGCUUUAGUAAGUAUUGAAGAGAUUAGCAAAAAAUAAGUAUACUUUUUCCCGGGAAUUGAGAAAUAUAAAAUGGAAGUAGCGGGAAAUGUUGAUGUUUCAUACUCUAUAAUAUAUCUUUUAGAAUAUUCGGUUCAAUCAAACCAAAUACAAGAUUGUAUACCAUCACGGGAUUGCGGACGAUUUCAAUCCGGAAUUGACCGAGUCUUUAAAAUUCGGAUUCAACAAAUACAACAGAACGGCGAGAGCUUUCGAUUUGAGCAUUCGGUUUCUGAAAAAUCUUGAUUCAAUGAAGACAUCACUGCAGACUUGGAAGUUUAUCAACAACGAGUACAGAAAUUUCACGCCAAUCACCGUGGGUUUCGAUUUAUGCAGCGCUUUAAAAACUAACCUCUUCGGAUUAGCAGUUAUUGCGAAGGAAUAUGGAAACUGGACGAAUUGUCCUGUACUUAAAGGUUACUAUGUUAUGAGACAAUUCACGCCAGAUGAUGGUCUGUUUCCUCCGAACUUACCUCUCGGUCAGUACAAAUUCUCAUUGACUUUCAAUACCCACGAUCAAUUUCUAUUCAAGUUGAGCGUCGAUUGUGUAAUCAAGAAUCGAAAAGAUUUUUGAUCAUUUUGUAACGUUAUUAACAUCAUAAUAUUCCA